ACUGAGUAUGCUGUUGUACCCUGGUCCAGAGUGUUUCACCAGUGGGUUGAUGGCUAUAUUAAUCAUUAUAUUGAGGGUGAUCCCCAUGUAGGUAGCUAGCAGGGCUGCCAUCACCAAGACUGUGAUGUAGUUGUCACUUGUGUGUCGGUACGGCUGGAGGCUGGCAACAGUGCAGAUGUAUAUCAGGAUACAUAUGCUGGC